AUGCUAGAUGUGUUUGUGGGUAAAAAAUUCUACAUAUAAAUGCCUUAUGCACUUAGAUCAUCUUUAUUAUCCAUCACAGUAUCAUUCAUACUCAUAAAUGGCCCUUCAAUUGCACUGUUAGUGUUACAGAUUCAAGUAAUUUCCAUCAAGAAUAAAUUGGCAUAGACAACUGACUAUUUUAUGAUAAAAGCAUUUGUUACAGACCCGGGAAUUAUUCCCGCUCGUCUUUGGGGAGGGAUACUCCCAGCUAAAUACAAAAGCGUAGAUGUAAACUAUACUUCUUUCUAUAUUAAGUGUUACCACCAAGAGUCUCUCAUUGUAAUGCUUGUAAUAAUUGUGUACUAUGAUUUGAUCAUCAUUGCCUUUGGCUUGGUACUUGCAUUGGCUUAAGAAACUAUAGUAAAUAUGCUCUAUGAUUAUUGGGAUAUGACUAAAGAUCAGAUUUAAGAAGAUGAAUAAUUCUCAAUUAUCUUUUACAAAUUCCUAGAUGAUAUAGCCUUGAAAGAUACACUAUAAGUAUGUGUUGUCUUUCUAGGGUUCUUACAGUUAAUGCUGAUGACAAGGGGAUAACUUGACAAACUUUAGAAAAUGAAGUAGAAAUAUCACGUGAGUUUCAAAGCUGACAAUGUGCAAAUGAUCAAACCUCAAAUGAAUAACCCUUAUAUACAUUCUGAUUAUCUUGGCACCAAUCAAUCUAAAUAGUUAAAAAAUCUCACAAUAUUGAAUGUAAGAAGAAGUAUGAUGUCUUAAGGGAAUGCUGACUUAAAUAGAAGCCAGUCAUCAGAUUCAGAUAACAUUUCAAAUCAGAUCAGAAAUAAUUUUAAGAAAUAUGCAAUAAACUAUGAUACGAAUGAAGAAAUAGAUGAUAAUGAGAGUACAAACAUCUUUGAUGAAUCGCCUAGAAAAAAUUCAAUUAAAGGGCCGGAGAUAAAAAUAAAGCAGUAUAAAAGAAGUGCUGAAAAAAAUGUAACGAGAGCGAGUAAUAAGUAUUCUACUGCAUAUAAUUACAAACUAAUGAAAAAUUGA